AGGCGCGUUCUCCAACAUUCAAGCAUCUUUGUGAUUCACGAACUCAACCACGCAGUCUGUUAGGACCAUUCGCAGUCGGGCUGCAGCUGAACAAGUCGUAUAUUGAGCUUCUGCUUGCUGUUGGACACAAUACCAUCAACAUGUCUUUACCACCAAGCUCUCCAAGGCUACCUAGCCCUCCCCCUCCAACAGAGAUACAGAUUGGUCCCAAAUCACCUUCCCUGAGCGGCUCCAAUUCAGAACCAACGAUUGAGCAAAGCAUCAUAGAUGCAAAUGCCAAAAGAAGGAUACACCCAGGAACUAAGUCUGCCGACAUGGCAGCUGGUCCUCCGCUGAUGCCCCUGAACGAGCUUGACUCCGCCUUCCAGCUCCAAGAGCACCUGAAAGCCCUUCACUACCAUUACUCCAAGCCACCGACUAGCACACCCAACGCCGUCUCCACGUCUACGAUUCCCAUAACCCGCGAAACGGCCUACCUAAUUGCCACCCAACCAGAAGGUGUCGACCGCGCCCUCUGGCUUUACGAACUCUGCCGCUUCCUGAUUAACAAGUGCAAUGACCUAAUAAUCGGCUUCCUGUUCGACGACCCACCAUGCUCCGCUACAACUUGCCCCGAAAUGCGAGCUUCGGAAUGGCAAUUUCUCUGCGCUGUACAUGAGAGCCCGAAGAGUUGUUGUGCUAUCGACUAUUGCUGCCAUACACUGGAUUGGGCGACAAAUAUUGUCACCAGCCAAAAGAUCUUCCCCAGCAGGUUAAGUCUCGGGGCUGGAGACGCGGUGGAUGAGAGAGGGGCUGGCGUCAAACAUCUUACCAAUAUAUUCAGGAGGUUGCAUAGAAUUUUUGCACAUGCAUGGUUCCAGCACCGAGGUGUGUUCUGGCAGGUUGAAGGACAAACAGGUCUUUAUGUCUUGUUCAAGACGGUGUGUGAUACAUAUGAUUUGCUGCCGGCGGAGAACUACAAAUUACCACCUGAAGCGGAAGGUUUGGAGCCUGUGGAGGAGCCAAGAUUGUCCGUACCUUCUAUCCUGAAGUCUGCGCCUGCGCAAGUGAGCGAUCGUGGUGCUGCCGAAGAAGACUUUGUCAGUGUGGGACGAACCAAUACAAGGAGACACAUCCGACAGUCUCCUUCUGUAGGAUCUGCUGUUACUACGGUUCUAGAGUCGGAUGAGGAGGAAGUGGAUGUUGCGCAGAAAUUAGAAGGGAUGCAUAUUGCGGAAGAGGAAGGAGAGACUGAUAUUCCAGUCAUCGUUGAGACAUAUGAGGUGGAUGAGCACCAAGAGAGCGAGCCGGCAAAGCACGAACCUGUACAGCCUAUACAUACUGAACAGGCCGCCGAACCCCAGGAAGCUGAACCAAUUGUUACUCCUACAGAUGCCAAGUCUGACCUCACAGAGGAGAAGGUAGAGGCAGAACCAGAAACACCGAAAGAGCCUACCACUGAGCCAGCCAGCGAGGAGAAGGAAAAGGAGACUGACGAAGAGCCUUUUGACCCAGAGACUAAAGCCCCAUUUCCAGAUCCGGAAGAGUCAGCAAAGGAAGAAGAUCUAAAGCUGGAGGUCAUUGAGACGGAAAAGAUUGAAGAAGAGUCAUGAGUCGAAAUGGACCAAUGUAUGAAUCUAUAGAUAGUGAACUGUACAGCUAAGAUACCCAAUCAUUCUAAAUCAGAAAAG